AUUUAUAUUACCACAUUGCAUCUGAAUGUCAAUUGCGAUAGUCGCAGUAAAAUUGAAACUUGUAUAUUAUGUCUUAGUUUGAAAAGUUUGUGAAAUAUUAUAAAAAUGUUUUUAAAAGUGAUUAUUUGUUUAGUUUCGGUUAAUGUAGUAUUAGUUAAAGGGCACAUUCAGUUGCCUGUACCAAAUGAGGCUUUGGAUCAGAAUCUUUAUAGAGAUGUGAUUGAUCCGGAAUUGUGUAGUGAACAAAUAGCUCAAAUAAGAAACAAUGUGUUUCUGUCAAUGUUUUUCGCUGAUGCUGGUAUCAGGGUGCCAAGAGGCAUCCUUAUAGGCAAUACUCUUGACAUGGGUAACUAUCACCAAUGCCUUGGCUUUAACCAGAUAACGGAAACGAACUCGGAGCUUCAAGGAAAAUACUGCAUGAUCCGCGUACCAAUGAAUCAGAGUUAUCAUUUUCCUGAAGAUUGGACGAACUUUGAGAAUUCGAAUUUUGACCCAAGCCUUUUACAAAUGGACAAUGAAACUAUGGCUGCUUUGAAGGACUAUUAUGCUUCUAAACAAGGGAUGUUGGCCAUGUCUGGUGUUUUUAACGAUGAUAGGGCCCCAAUACAGACCCCUCUCUCGGGGUUAACAUUCAGACUAGCUAUCUGCAUCCCGAGACCGUGUACCACUCAGCAAGCAAUAAAUUCAUAUUUAUUCAACAUAUCCGCUAUUGGUUUUCAAUAUACUGACGAGUUUUGUCGUCUGCCUAACGACAAGCCGUGGGUGCCAGGAGACACAGUGGCGGUGGUUGUUUUCUCAAUAAUUGGAUUGCUUACUCUUGUCAGCACUACUUUCGAUAUCUGGCAGACGAUUAUUUUGAAAAAAGACCCUAAAACAGUGAGUGUUAUCGGUAGAUCAUUUUCCGUUUACACAAACGGUCGUCGUGUAAUGACAUUUACUUCUGGACCUAAUACGAUUGAAUGUUUGGACGGCAUCAGAGCCCUAGCCAUGAUGUGGGUGGUUCUUGGCCAUUCGUUUUCAUCAGAAUCAAAUUGGGCCAAUCCCCUUGAUGGAUUUAUGUGGACGACAUCAUGGCAAUCCUUGUGGGUCAUAUCAGCUACAGUGACCGUGGACACAUUUUUUAUGUUAAGCGGCUUUCUCGUCGUUUAUACUACAGUUGGAAAAUUAAAUGCCAAUCAGUUAUUGAAAAACAUUCACUUAUUUUGGCUGAAUCGACUCUUGCGCAUGUUUCCAUUAUUGGCUGCUAUAGCGCUCUUGGAAGCUUCGUAUCUCAACCGAUGGACAGAUGGACCAAUAUGGAAUGUAGUGGAAGGUCAUGUGCAUAGGUGUAGAACAUCCUGGUGGUCUACUUUGUUACAUGUACAGAAUUAUAUGAAUCCUACUAAUACGUGUGUCGGUCAGACAUGGUAUUUAGCAAUAGACGUCCAGCUCCAUAUCUUGUCUCCAAUUCUUUUAUACUGGGUACUGCUGGGAAGGAAGAGGAUAGCAUGGACCGCUUUGUUAGCUGGACUGGUGGCGAUUUUGACAGCGGCUACUACUUAUAAUUUUAUCAAAGAAUUUCCCUCUACGAUGAUGGGUCGUCCCGAUCGAGUGAUGGAUUAUUCGGUCAACUAUUACAUGAACACAUUAACUCGAGCUUCUCCGUUUUUUGUCGGAAUGAUCUUCGGAUAUUUAGUGAGAACUGAAAAGCUUGUUAUGUCUAAGAUCACAACAGCAUUUUACUGGAUAGCAGCGUUUAGUUUGUCAACCUUUAUAAUAUACACGAACUAUCCUAUAGCUCAACCAGACUGGAACAAUCAAUUAGGAGAUAGCUUGUUCAACUCUUUCGUCAGACCUCUUUGGGCUUUAUUCCUUGGCUGUAUGAUAUACGCUUGCGUCAAUGGUUAUGGUGGUCCUAUAAAUUGGUUCCUAUCUCUCAGUGUAUGGAAGCUACAAUCUCGCUUAUCGUAUGGAAUGUAUUUGUUCCAUUACGGUCUGAUGGUCGCCGUCAACUAUUCAGCAGUUUCACCUAUGUACUUCUCAGUGCAAUCUGUGGUUUUCAAGUUCCUCGCUCACUAUGCUUUGUCGUUUGCUGUCACAUUCCUCAUGGUGCUAGUUAUUGAUGCACCCUUCUCUACGUUAAUCAAGCUGAUACUUACAAGUCCAAAGAAACCCACUAAAAAAGAAUCUGAAGAAGAACUAACAAAGGACAUGGAUAAAACAGUAUAAAUACUUAUUAAUGUUGGUAAUUUAUUUUUUUAGAUUAAUUUGACUUAACUCGCUACUUGUACCUCGUAAUUGUAGUAAAAAAUAUAAAUAAUGUAUUUAAUUUUAUAUUUAUG